AUGAAUAAACUAUUGGCGAUUAGCUUGGCUUUACUUGUAGUGUUUGCAUCAAGCAAAAAAAUAGUUAUUACUGAGGAGUAGAGACUAUCAUACUAUUAAAAAUUAAGAUAAGAGUUUUUGGAAGCACAGUAAGCCAUCUUACAUAUUCAACAAGAUAUAAAUAACUUGCAAAAUCUCUAACCUGCUCUUGAUGAUAACGGAUCACUCAUCCAUACACUUGAAAUUUCAGAUUAUCCAAAAGUUGAGAAAAGAAGAAUAAGAAGAAGGGCAAAACCAAAAAAUAUUGUCAAAAACUUAGAUUAUGUCUUCUAUGGUAACCAUGAUAAUAUUAGAUUUGAUAUUGAUAAAUGCAAAUGA